AUGGGUAAAGUUCAGCUGCCAACCAGGCAACAGGUCACAGCCCCUUUUCAAUCCAAGGCAGCUUUUGUCAAUUUCAUAAGAUCUCCUCAGGGCAACGAUGGCCAGGCCCCGAUAGGCGAUGAGAGAUGGAGCAACAAAGAUCUCGAGCCAACACCGGUCGAGCAGAGGACAUGGACUUGGUUCAAUCUGCCCCUAUAUUGGUUCUCUAACCAAUUCUCCCUUGUUGGCUGGAAUACCGGUUCUGCGCUGGUGACAGUUGGUCUUCAAUCGUUUGUCUCAGCAUGUAUCGGCUCAUUUCUCGCUGCAAUCAUUGUCGUCCUCAUGGCCCGUCCAGGUGUCAAGUACCAUAUUGGAUAUCCCAUUAUUGCGCGCUCUGUCAUGGGAAUGUACGGCUCCUACUUCUUCGUCUUCAUCCGUGCGAUAGUAUGCAUCAUCUGGUACGGCAUCCAGUCCUUCUACGCCGGCAACAUCCUCUCGGUGAUGUUGCGUUGCAUCUUUGGCGACUCCUGGGUGAACUUCCAUAACACCCUCUCUCCAAGUGCGAACGUCACUUCGAAGCAGCUCCUGGCCUUCUUCAUGGCCUGGCUCAUGGAGUUCCCUUUCAUGUGGGUUCAUCCAAGGCACAUACACUACAUUUUCACUGUCAAAGGUGUCAUUAUGCCUAUUGCGGCUUUUGCUGUUUUUGGUUGGUGUAUGAAGAAUGGCGGUGGUCUCGGUGCUAUGGAUCUCGCUUCUGAACAGGGUGAACUUUCUGCCGCGAAAGUUCCCCUAGGCUGGAGUAUCAUGGCAGGUAUCAACACUAUCUUCGGUUCCCUCUCGCCCAUGCUGGUGAACCAGCCCGAUCUUGCCCGUUAUUGCAAGAAACCCCGAGAUGCCGGUCCGAUCCAGGGUGUCAGCGUUUUCGUCGCCUCCGUUACCGUCUUCUUCCUCGGCAUGGCUUCCACAACAUCAAUGCAGGCAGCUUACGGCGUUGCGUACUGGAAUAUCUGGGAUCUUUUCGAUGCCAUCCUUGAUCACCACUUCGGCGCUGGCGCACGUGCUGCCAUUUUCUUCGCAGGCUUCGCGUUCUUUUUCGGUGUCUUUGCGACAAAUUUCGGGGCAAACUCGAUCCCCUUUGGCUCCGAUAUGACUGGUUUAUUCCCGAAGUGGCUCACUAUCCGAAGGGGACAGGUUCUCUGUGCCCUCCUUGGAGUCGUUGUGCAGCCAUGGCAACUCAUGGCUAAUGCGACAGCUUUCCUUAGCUUCCUUGGGUCUUACAGUAUCUUCAUGGCACCUCUUUGCGCCAUAAUCAUAGUCGAUUACUUCCUGGUACGAAAAGGCAACAUUCAUGUUCCUUCCUGCUACGAUGGAAAGAAGACGGGUCUUUACUGGUUCUGGUCAGGUGUCAACUGGUGCGGUGUGUUCGCAUGGCUGGGCGGCACAUCCAUGGGUAUCCCAGGUCUCAUCGGCCAAUAUCAGCCGAAGAUCAUCUCAAUGCCUGCGCAGAACAUGUACCGCAUGGGUUACGUACUGACGUUCACCACUGCGGCGAUUGUCUACUACAUCUUGAGACUAUUCGUCAAGCCACGAGUGUUCCCUUACGGACGCGAGAGCACACCUUUCACACAGGAAUGGCUGGCCAACGAUGGUCGUGAAGGCUUCUACGACGGAGACAGAGAUGGCGGCGCAAUCUAUGCGGCUGCUACACCACCGAUGACGGAAGAAGAUAUGGAGACGGGAGAGAAGUCGCCGAAAGUGUCUUAUUGA